AUGUUGGUGGUGGUGGUCGUGCUGCUGGUGGUGCUGCUGGUGAUGAUGCAGCUGCUGCUGGUGCUGCUGCAGCUGCUGCUGGUGGUGAUGCAGCUGCUGCUGGUGCUGCUGCUGGUGCUGGUGGUGAUGCAGCUGCUGCUGGUGGUGAUGCAGCUGCUGCUGGUGAUGAUGCAGCUGCUGCUGGUGCUGCUGCUGGUGCUGGUGGUGAUGCAGCUGCUGCUGGUGGUGAUGCAGCUGCUGCUGGUGCUGCUGCUGGUGCUGGUGGUGAUGCAGCUGCUGCUGAUUUGUGCGACGAGUGACAAGCGCCAGGAGGAAGAAGGCGGUUGCACCAGACUCAACCUGCGCGCCGCAUGUGCUAACCUGGGCAGCUUUGAACCGCGGCGUAUUGAUCUUACAGGUGAGGCGGUCGUGCCGGAUCACCACUUCAAACAGCAUGCCAGGAUCCUGUGGAGGGAGAAGCCCCAGACCCAGGCCCAGGCCCAGGCCCCGGUCCCGGCCCAGGCCCCAGUCCUGGCCCAGAACCAGAACAAUGGCUGCGCACACCAGGGCCGAGGCUGA